AUGAGCACAAAUUUCUGCACUUCGAGGAACAUUCGAAUAUGCAUGUUGUACGAGUACAAACUCGAACAUUCAAUGGAGACUGCAUUCCUGAAUCUACGACGUGUGUUCGGUGAUGCGUCGAUCGUCUAUCCAACAGUGAUUCGGUGGUUUUACAAAUUUCGACAAGGAGAUGAAGAUUUGGGUUGCAACAGGAGUGGCCCGAUUCCACUCGUGGAUGACUUUGAUUUACAACAAACAGUGCAGGAGAAUCCAAAACUAACAAUUGAAGAGUUAGCUAAUCUUUUUGGAGUGAAGGCACCGACAAUCACCCGGCAUUUGAUUGAAAUGCGCAAACGCAAGCAUAACCGACAAGACUCGAAGACGAAACUUAGGAAGAAGCGUGAGGAUGAGGACAUAUCAUUGGAUGACAUUGAUGUUAGAUCGCUGUUAGUCGAUCAUGGGGCUGCAUCAGCCCUGGAUCUGUUAGGUAUCUCGGAAGCUAACGGAAGUGGUAGUGAAGAACCUGAAAUUUCGGAACCAGCAUCAUCGUCGGAAGACAUUGAAGUAGUGGAAGUUCGAAAAGCUCCUGCACGGAGUUCGACAGCGACAAACCAUACUCGUCCUCGCACUACUAACUCGCCUUCCCAAGUUUCCAAAAACGUGGCUGCAGCUAGUCCGCUUUAUCACCGAGAAGUAGCCACGACUUCUGGACUAAGAACGGUGGAACCUUCUGAAGAGCCGUUGUUUCGGACGAAAGUGGACACGGAUUCGCCAUCAAUUGUAGCGCCUGCUCCUGUUGUAGUGAAGACUGUGCCCAAUCUCAUACAAAGAUCUCUUGCAGUUGUGAAAAGAAAGAAGGAAAAAGAAAUUGAGCUCAGAAAUUCGAAGAAGGCUAAUACGGGAAAGCAGGAGAAAGGUCUAUCAAAUGUUGCUGCAUCAGAACAUGACAAUAACGAAGUAAUUGAUGAUGAUGUACCUCUAUUUGACAACAAUUUGGUGGAACCAAAACAAGAAGAACGCAUAACAUAUCUUUUCUGA